UCCCCUAAAAUCAAAAUUAAGAAUAAGAAUUCCUCUGCAUCUUUGAGUACAUUGCAUCAGGUGGGCUUUUGGGUGGCAGAUGAAAUUAGUCCGUGAUGUUAAUCGCUAAAUACAGAGCUAUUUAUGAAGCAGAAGGCAUUGAAUCCGGAGCGUUUUCAGUCCUUCAGACGACGACAAGUUCUCUGUUAUUAGCCUCCUUUCUGCUCAUUGCCGAAAUGAUCUACCGAUCGGAGAAUAUCUCGGAUCAUCCAUAGUCUAAUUUAACCGGAGUAGACAAUGAAGCUCAGCUGUUUCACGGUACGUAGCCUGCAAUGUUUGGUUUUUCCGGUGCAAGAUUAGCUUUGAAUAUGAGUGUUUCUCUGUUGCCCUUAAAUGAACAAUUGGGUAUGUUUCGUUUUCAGUCAUUAUUCGUAAUCAGAUCCCUUUCGUCUUCUAUAGCAUCUAAUUUGAAUAAGCACUCAUUUGUGGUCUCAUAUCUCGUUAAUUCAUGUGGAUUGACCCUAAAAUCUGCUCAGUCUGCCACUAAUAAUAAGAAUAUAAGUUUUCAAUCUCCUGAAAGACUAGACUCAGUGCUUAGAUUUCUCAAGGAACAUGGAUUCACCAAUUCCCAAAUCUCCAAAAUUGUUGGGAAUCGGCCCCAGGUGCUUUUAGCACACCCAGAAAAGACGCUCUUGCCCAAGUUCGAGUUUCUGCGUUGUAUAGGGGCUUCAAGGUCAGACAUUUCCUUAAUUUUUUGUAGGAAUCCAUUUUUGUUGGUUCGGAGUACAGAGCGAUUUCUGAUCCCACGGUAUGAGAUCAUUAAAAGUUUUCUUGUUUCUAAUGAGAAAGUAGUUUUGGUCCUGAAACGCAUGGGAAGAACUUUUCCGGUGAACUGCUUUUCUAACAAUUUAUCAUACUUAAGAGGCGUUGGAGUCCCUCAAUCUUUAAUAUCUCAUUUGGUCACCGAUUGUCCGUCAGUCAUGUGCCAAGAAGUGGGCAAGUUUGCUGAAGGGGUUAAGAAGGUUACAAAUCUUGGAUUUGACCCUUCAAAAACUGCAUUUGUUGACGCAGUUCGUGUUUUCUAUAAGCUGUCAAAUAAAACAUGGGAACAUAAGAUGAAGAUGUAUAGGAGGUGGGGUUUCUCUGAAGAUGAGAUUUGGUUGAUUUUCAGAAAGCAUCCCAUAUGUAUGACAAUUUCUGAGGAGAAGUUCAUGCGUACAAUGGAUUUUCUUGUGUGCAAGAUGGGUUGGCAGCCUGCUGAUGUCGCUAGAGUUCCAGUUGUGUAUUGUUUGAGUUUGGAGAGGAGGAUCAUGCCUAGAUGUUCGGUUGUAAGAGUUUUGCUUUUAAAGGGUUUGAUUAAGGCAGACAUCCGUUUAUCAUCAGUUUUGAUUCCUUCUGAAAAGCACUUCUUGGAAAUGUUUGUGAUCAAGUAUCAAGAACAGGUGCCUCAAUUGUUGGAACUCUUUAAGGGAAAAGUGGAUCUUACUGAACCAGGUUUUGGUUUUGAUGAUAAAUCCGGAAUUCUGGGUUAGGAAAUAUACGGUAUUCAGGAUGUCAAUCUUAAACCCAUGGAUUUCUGUUUAUAGAUGCUUUGUAAUUGGUUCUUCUAACUUCUUGGUGACCUGGCAAAGCUUGAGUGGUGGAAUUGCUUGCACCUAUUGCUAGAUACACGAGCCUUUAAAAGGGAAUCAUCACCCGGUGCUCAAAUCACUGGUUUGUGCUGAAGGAGUAAUCAUACCCAGAUGCUCAAGUCACUGGUUUGUGCUGAAGGAGUAAGUAAGGAAUAGUAAAAAUACUUUAUCAAUUGAAGAAUUUCCUUCUUAUACCCAGCCGUGGAUGGAUCCAGUAAGCAUCUGGACCACAGUGCAAUAGAAACAAAUAAGCAAUUGGAUAUGGUAGUUUCAAUGGACCCCUGUAAUGCUUAUGGCAUGUGAAAUACACUUGUUUCAAACUCCAUGAUAUACCAAUUGGUAUGAAGGGUUGAAGGAGAAGACUAAGAAUCAACUGAGGAUGGCAGCUCAAAUUUUAGCUGACACCCCACUGGAAGUGGGAAUACUUCGAGAAAAUCAGUGUUUCUAGUUUGUUGAAACCCUAUUCAAUGGAGAUUGCCAAGUUAACAACUGCUGAGACUUGUGCUAAUGUUACUAAUUUUAUGGGUAAUAAUUCUCUGGUUCUCUCACAGCGACCGUGUUCAUUUACAAGCAAUAUGAACCGGACAUUGAUGGAAUAGGAAAGGUUUCUGCUGGGCAGUAUAGGAUUUAAAGAGGUGACAUGAGGAAACUCCCCACGACAGUGUCAUCAUUUGUACAGACAAAAGAAUCCUGCAAAAAGAGAAUAGACCUUCUGUGGCAAAUGAGGAAAAGAAAAAUGACGUGUGGAGGAAGAGGGUAAAAUAGUGGUUAAAAAGUAAAAUAGUAUAAAGGUAUAAGUGGUUAAAAAGUAAAAUACACUGCUGUGAGGAAGAGGGUAAGAUCAUCCUUGGGUUUUGAUAACCGGUGGGCUGAGGCAAUUGGGCCCACUUCAUUUGGAAAUGGCUUUGCCAGGAGAAGGUUGUGUUCCUCACAGCCAUGUUAAUGUCUAUUUUAUAGGCCGAAGUCAUUUUCUAGAAAAAGUCCAGAGCCUCUUUCUCGUCUCUUCGCGGUUGGAUUCCAUCCCAUUUUGGCUCCACAUAAAUGUUUCAAUCAGUCCGGAGUUGCCCGAAGUCCCCGGACACUCGGUGGUGGAGAAUGAAAAACUUAUUCUUCCAAUAUUCAAGGAAGAGAGAAUUGGGUGAAAGAGAGUUUGAUGUUUUUUUACAUUGAAGAACAAAAAAUCCUCGUUCCUCUAGGUUCCAACUACGAAAAGAGAGCAACACUCGACUUAAUGUUGUUGUUGAAGCAGACGAAUUGGAAGGCCAUAA